CACGAUUGAAGCUCCAUCUGCUACCAAAAGAAAGUUGAGUCAACUGAGGGACUGCCAUUACUAAGAAUAACCCAGACCACAAUUCUGUUGUUCUUCUAUGCUGAAGUUGUAACAGAAUUACCCAAUCAAAAUAGAGAUUACGUCUCAUACAAUCUGCGCUAAGUUUAAAGUGCAGCAAUUGUUGCAUGGGAAAUUAUCCGCUGAUAUUCUUCUGCAACCCAUGAGUUCUCGUGAAAAGUAUGUAUUCUACAAAGACAGACAAGAAUGGGAUGAUGUUAAUCCGAUUCCUCAGGAUGAUGGAGGUCGGAACAUUGUAAAUAUUGCAUAUUCUGAAGAAUUUGUUGAUGCACAUGACUAUUUUCGUGCAGCCUUAAUGAAGGACGAGCGUAGUGAGCGGACAUUUUCACUAACCUCUGACAUUUUAUUGUUUAAUCCCGCCAACUACACAGCUUGGGAGUACAGAAGACGGAUCAUCGAGGAAAUUUCACCUGACCUAAAUGGUGAGAUGCGUUUCGUUGGUGGGCUUAUUGAAGAUUAUUCAAAAAAUUACCAGGUGAGCGCUUUAAUUGCGAAUAAUACAAUGGUACUAAUCACGUUAUGAAAAUCUGUCCAUUUAAAUGAAGAAACAGGUAUAUUCUAGGUCACUAGGAAUGCAACUGACAAACUGUUACAUAUAUAAGAAAUAAAAUUCUCAAGGUCAUCAGAUAGUAAAAAUUAACUACAAAAGGAUUGUAAAUCACUUACACGCUGAUGCUUAGAAACUAUAAAAGUCGUAAUUAUUUCAUCAUAAACUAGUUUUAUAUCAAUUUGGCAUCCUAAUUGUCACGAAGUGGCGAAAAAUUAAAAAUGUGGAACUCUGGAAGGUAUUCUCUGGAUUGUUUAUUAUGGCAUCAUCGACAGUGGGUUGUCGAAAAAUUAUCACAACAGAAUCAAAAUAACUCCAACUUUAUAACACAUCUUAGUUCAGAGGAAUUAGAUUUUGUUGGGUCUGUCAUUUCAGAUGAUCCUAAAAAUUAUCAUGCUUGGCAACACCGUCGGUGGAUUGUAACUUUUUUCAAUGUGCCUGUUAAAACAGAGUUAGCAUUCACCGAACAAACGCUUUCCAGUGACGUUUAUAAUAAUUCGGCUUGGAAUCAUCGUUACUAUAUUGUCAUGUGUGACGAAGGUUUAUCAUCUACCGUUCUUCAGCGUGAAAUAGAUUUUGUUCAAAGACGUAUCUCCUUUGCUCCGAAUAAUGAAAGUUCAUGGAAUUAUUUUUAUGGUUUGCUAAUGCCCAUAGUACGUGGAAAAAAAUAUAUUCAUAAUUCUUCGUGUAAACUCUUAGUUGAUCAGAAUUCUAAUAUUAAGCAAAAUAUUAUGUCUGAUCUUCAAAUUAUGCAGAAAUUUGCAGAGGAAUUGGUUGCAUCUGAUCAAAUAGCUGGUGAUUGUUUAGCACCGCUUAGUUUCUUGGUUGAAGUGUAUGCUGAUUGUUUAGAAUCCUAUUUUACUGAAAAAUCGGGUAGUACGUGCGAAACACAUUCUAGUCUCAAUGCUGUUGGUGUGACUUCUGAUGACUCGAAUAAUACCAGUUCUGAUCCCAAAGAAAUAUUUGACCGAGCUGUCAAUCUAUGCGAACGUUUGGCCCGUGAAGUGGAUCGGGUUCGAGCUAAUUAUUGGCAAUAUCGUGCUCGUCAGUUAAUGUGCUUUGCUAAAAAAGUCAACCUAAUUCCAGAAAUCACUAUACCAUAAACAUCUAAACUAGGUUUUACAAUUUUGCAUCAAAAAGUAACUUAAUAAAUGACGUAUGUAAUAUUUAUUUCUGCUGAUUGUACUUGUUUCACGAAUCAUAAGCCGUCACGUACUCCUUAGGCUUCUAAAUUAUUUUUUACACACUAAUAGAAUGUCUUCACUUUUAGAGUUUGGAGUUAAGCAUCUUUUUUACGACGGAAAGUAGUUUUCAGCCUUUAAAAAAGUAGUUAUUAAAAAAAUAUAAUAAUUUAUUAGUGUGCAGUAUACAUAAGGGUAUAUCACAGAUCAUUCUGAGAGCUACCAAAGUUUAUGUAAAAACAUUAACCUUGUGAAUUCACACCUAAAAUAGAAUACUUAGAAUAUGCAUACGCUUUUGACAUUUAAAGGCUCAGCUUCACAAAUAUGUUAAGAAAGAACAUACUGUUGGAGUGUAUUCGCUUUUAUACUGAAGUCCGAUCAAAAAUUAUAUAGACAUUAAAUGUUUUCAGUAGCUUACAACAUACACCUUAUCGAUGAGCGUUUAAGGAACAAAGCACUGAAAAUUACUCAUGAAGCC